GAGGAGGGGACCACAGCCCCGUGGUCCGGAGACACCACCAGCCUGCUGGGGACAAGAAGGUGAAGGUGAUCCUCCUGUCAGAACUGAUCAGUGUCCUCAGACUGCCCCCCAAUGCCGAGGCCUGUCCCAUGGAGAACAUGUCGGCGUUUUGUGUGGAGACUCAGGACAGAACCCUGGUGUUCUCCGCUCUGAAGGAGGACUGUGUUGACUGGGUGGACAAACUGUGUCUCUGCAGCUUUCAGCUGGUUCUGACCAUCGAAACGGGUCGGCGCUGUGACUGCGGACCUGGAACCUUCUUAUUUGAGACCCAGCAGGCAGAUCAGAUAUUCUCUCUGAUUAGGAGUAACAUCAAAAGGAAGACUUCACCUGUCACUUUGGGAAGCCAAAUCAAAGAUGGUGAGAARGUUCCAGUGGUCAACAUCCGGCCUCAUUCACCCCUUCCCAGAGUACCGGACCGGACCGGCGUGGCCUCCAUGCUGGAGAACAUACACAUAACUCAGGACAGGAGAUCUCCGGUGUUGGACAACAGUGGAAAGGCUCAGGAGGAUUUGACUKGUCCAUCAGAAGCAGCUCCUGUGCCCAUCACCCUUAUGCCCCUCCCACUGAUCCCCACCCUUCACAGCAGCCAAUCACAAGCCGUAUAUGUAGACCCAAACAUCUGCUUCUUGUCUGAUUUAAAUCCCAGUCCGGUCACAGCUCAGUAUGUCGACCCAGUUAAUGUUCUUCCUCUGAAACCACCCCGGUCAGAACCUGAGGCUCUUGGUACUACCUCCUCAGACUCGGGUAUUAACUCAGAUGUUGCAGAUUCAGUUUAUUCAGAGGUCUUUGAUAAAAUCAGUCCAGACCAGAACAAACCAAAUAUCCUUCUGAGAGCAGAAAAACCAGGAGGGGAACCUGUUUACUCUGAACCCAUCAGCAAGACUCCUUUAGUUUCAGAACCCAGAGAAACCCCCAAACCGGACCCAUUCGCCCACCUGUAUGCUCAGGUCUGUAAAGCACCCAGUAGAACCACCACAACCAUCAGCACCCCCUCGUCCUCAAAGCCCUCAGAGGAACCUCAGGAUGGCGUCAUCUACGAAAACCUGGGCAUCAUUUGACCCAGACCUCUAUAGGACCAGAUGUUCAGAACCUGUGAUUUAAAUAUGAGAAACUCUGAUCCACUAACCCCACAGAAACCAGCUGUGUGCACAUUGUGUUUAUUUUCUAACUUGUUUGUUAAGAAUAAUCCUGAUUUCUGCUGCAGAAAACUGAUUUUAGAUCAUAUUAUUUGUUUUAAUUUGUGACACAAGAUGAGCUGAAAACAGAUUUUAUCCUCAGUUUUUCUGUACUGUGAUUUCAAAUGUGUCAGAUGUUCUUCAGAGUUCAUUUUAUUAUAACUGUUAUUCUGYUUUUAAUAAAACAUUUCAUUAAACAUUAAACAGCUGUGCAGAACUCCACCAAACAGCCACAGGUCUGAAGAACA